GUCCUUCACUUCAAUGGUUUUGAAUGAAAGCAAAAUUUAGUCAAAAAAAUGGCGAAUAUUUUGGUUUAAAACUAAAAAAUUCAAUCAAUUUGUGUCUUAAAAAAAGUAUUGUUUUGUUGACAAUAAAUACAAUAAUUGUGUGGACUUUGGUUCCCAACUAUAGUCUUAGCCAUUGUUGAUAUAAGUGACACAUUGUCUCAACAGUUUUGGUGUCUAAUGUCUUGAUUGUGAAUCAGUCGUCAACUGUCGACAGAAAACAAUGGCUUUGGUGUGUCAAUGUGUUGGUCACUGUCCCGGCAAUGUCCCGAACGGCACGUGUCUUAUUAAGACAAAUGGCAUGUGUUUUGCAGCCGUCGAACAGGUCUGGAACAGAGAGACGGAUCAGCUCGAGUUGGAAAAGACAAUGGGAUGUCUGGCUCCCGAUGACGCUCACAUCCUUCAGUGUAAAGGUCAUUUAGUGCCACAUCACGUGCCAAAAACGAUUGAGUGUUGUAAUACACAUGACUUAUGUAAUCUUGAAUUACAUCCGAGUUAUUUCAAUAUACCCACCAAUCAAUACGAAGAAAACAGUCAUUUUCCUAUGAAUUCAUCGCAUCUAUUGGUAGCUCUCAUCACAUCAUUAAUUGUAUUCAUUGUUUUAUUCGUCAUUUUAUACAUCGUUUAUAAACGAUAUAAAAUAUAUUUAAAGAAAUCGCAAAACGAGAGUCUGUACGUCGAGAAGAAUAUUCCGCUCAAAUUAGACAAUUCAGACAAAGAAAAAAUCGAUGUUACAGUCAGUUCUGGAGGUAGUGGUAGCUCUGUUAAGCCACUGCUGGCUAACAGUAAACGAAUUAUUGCAAUAAAAGGCAAAGAAUUAGAUCUCUGGAAAAGCAGCCAAAAGGAAUCGAGCAGUUAUUAUGAUUACAAGAAAUAUAACAACGAUUCCUCAACUAUUGACAAGAGAUUCAUUGCCAGUGAAAGCUUAUCAAGAGAUUCAUUUGAAAAUUCAAUGUCUUCGGGAUCGGGUUCUGGACAACUAAUUCUUAUACAACGAACUUUAGCCAAACAGGUACAGCUGUAUGAAUGUAUAGGAAGGGGUCGUUUUGGAGAGGUUUGGCGCGGCAUUCGCUUCUCACAGAACAUUGCCGUCAAGAUAUUCUUCAGCAGAGACGAGGCUUCUUGGAAUAGAGAGACAGAAAUCUAUAGCACUGUUAUUCUUCGACACGAAAAUAUAUUAGGAUUUUUGGGCUCUGAUGUUACUUCAUAUAACUCGUGUACACAGUUAUGGCUGAUCACUGAUUUCCAUCAAUUGGGUUCACUUUAUGACUACUUAAUUGAGACUCCACUUGAUAUCAAACAAAUGCUAUCAAUUAUACUGUCCAUUGUCUCUGGUAUUCUUCACUUACACACAGAAAUAUUUGGCGGCUUAGGAAAGCCUGCCAUCGCUCACAGGGAUAUUAAGUCGAAGAAUAUAUUAAUGAAAAACACGUACACUUGUUGUAUAGCCGACUUUGGGUUAGCUGUCAUUCACACCCAAACCACCGGUAAAUUAGACGUCGCAGAGAAUCAUAGGGUUGGAACUAAACGAUAUAUGGCUCCCGAAGUACUAAACCAGACAUUGAAAAGCGAUAUCUUUGAAUCAUAUAAAAUGGCUGACAUUUAUUCAUUAGCGCUAGUCUUAUGGGAAGUGGUUUGUCGUACUCGAGUUGACGGCUGUUUUGACGACUAUUGUGUUCCUUAUUAUAAUUGUGUUCCAAACGACCCGAGCUUUGAUGAUAUGAGAAAAAUUGUAUGCAUUGAUCAACAGAGACCUGAAAUACCUGAUAGAUUCAAAUCAAAUAAUAUUUUGUAUAAAUUGGAGAAAAUACUUCACGAGUCGUGGUCUCAAAACCCAUCGUCACGUUUGACGUCACUCCGCAUCAAGAAGUCUCUACUGAAGCUUCAAAAUGAGUUCCACAACGAGUUAAAAGUCUAAACGAAUCCAUUUUUUUGUUGCCAAACAUUGUAUUUAAUAAAAACCAUUAUUAAUACGGUUUAAACUUUAAAAACAUUAUUCAACUCAUUAUAUUUAAUCUUAAAAGACAAUUAUUAUCUAAGUUUAAAUUAUAUUACCGAUUAGUUUUUUACCGAAAAUUUGAUGUUUUUAAAAAAGUAA